GUCACGCAGCCUAGGGGUCAUGUGCAAGAAGUGUACAUAAAGUCAGCAGCUUGGCGCUGAGACAAAUAGUAGAGACCAGAGAUGAGGAGAGCGGAGGGAUCGGGAUUCUUGAUUCACUUUGCUGAUUCUUGGGAAUACAACUAAGGUGGAAAAAUGGGUGUCAGAGAGGCGGCCCCCUCGGCAACUGUCAAGUUCUUCGGCGCUGGCGCUGCGGCUUGCGUUGCCGACCUGGUCACCUUCCCGUUGGACACGGCAAAAGUCCGACUACAGGUUCAAGGCGAAAUUCAGAAGGUCGAGGGUACCAACUCGAGACGAUACCGAGGGGUGUUUGGCACCAUCAGCACUAUGGUGCGCACGGAGGGCCCUAUGAGUCUUUACAAUGGACUGGUCGCAGGACUGCAGAGGCAGAUGAGCUUUGCCUCCGUACGAAUCGGUCUUUACGACUCUAUGAAGCAAUUCUACACUAGAGGCACUGAAAGUUCAGGAAUUGUCACAAGACUCAUGGCAGGAUGCACCACCGGUGCCAUGGCUGUGACCUUCGCCCAACCGACCGACGUGGUGAAGGUGCGCUUUCAAGCCCAGGCACGUCUGCCCGAUGGUGGGAGGAGAUACAACGGGACUCUAGAUGCUUAUAAGACAAUCGCGAGGGACGAGGGCGUACGAGGGCUUUGGAAAGGGUGCAUGCCCAACAUUACCCGGAACGCCAUUGUCAACUGUGCAGAGUUGGUGACCUAUGACAUCAUUAAGGAGGUCAUCUUGAAAUAUAACUUAAUGACAGAUAACCUGCCAUGUCACUUCACCGCCGCUUUCGGCGCAGGCUUCUGCACCACCGUGGUGGCGUCUCCUGUGGACGUGGUCAAAACCCGCUUCAUGAAUUCAGGCGCCAACCAUUACAGUAGCGCCAUCAACUGUGCCCUCACCAUGUUGAAGAAUGAAGGUCCCACAGCCUUCUAUAAAGGGUUUAUGCCGUCUUUCCUGCGACUGGGUUCCUGGAACAUCGUCAUGUUCGUCACAUAUGAACAAAUCAAACGAGGCGUGACACAAUACUGGGAGUCGCCCUUUUGAAGCCGGCAGGAACCUACAUUGACUGACGUUUUAACACAGUGCUCAGUGUUGACUGGUUGUUUGUUGACACAAGAGGCUCCAAAGAGCACUUUAAAUUUGGGGGCCAAGCUCAGGUAGAUUAGAGUUAGACUUGCCACAAUAGGAAGUCCAACUUCUUUCUCUAAUUCCUGCCACGGGAAUGGUUGCAACACGCCUUCCGGAAUUCCAUGAGGCCAUCGCACAUUUGGGUAUGAAAGAUGCGGACCGAAAUUGGGUGCAGGAUGUUGAUGUUUACAAUAAGGAACUGUGGUGUUGCUUUUCAUGUUAUACUGUAUCAUUAUGCAGACCAUAUACAAAAAGGAGACUGAGCCAUAUGACCAAAAAUAAAUAAAUUGAUGAGUUUACAGUCAUGCGGUCUGGACUUAUUAUGGGAAGUUGACUUAAAACAAUGAUUUGCUGCAGUUCGAUAAAUUUUAAGUGUGGUCUAAAAGAGUAACACGAUACAAAUAAAGUGACAUUUUUGAAAAUGUCUGU